AAGGGGCCCUUAUCUGCAUUUUUUUAUAUAAAUUCCCUAAAUAUUCCACCAAAAUAAUUGAUGUAGAUAAUUAGGUCAAAGUUUGAUAAUCAAAAAAUUGGUCGCACUUCUGCUUCUAUCGUUUAACGUUUCAAAAUGGCGUAAAAAUUACAAAUGAUGAUGUGUAACCGCGCAGUUUUCGAAAAUUUCAUUAAAAAUUUGUACUAAUAUCAUUAUGAAAGAUCUACUCCUAGCUAGUUUCUCUAUAUUCGCAUCAUUCGUACUUGUGAUAUUAUUCAUAUUGCUUGGCUGGUUCAUCGUUUGGAAGCUGAUCUUGUGUCGAUUCAGGUUCAUCAGAGAGCUGGUAAAAGGCGCCAGCAACUCUACUAUAAACGAGCUCAAAUCAAGUCGAAGCAAAGUUAAAAAACUACGCAGAGAUUAG